AUGAUGCCCACGGGUCAAUAUUUUUGGGCUGAAGGUGAUCUGUGUAUCUAUAAAUCUCCACAGACUGAACAGUUUUAUCUCGGAUUUGUCAAGAAGGUUGAUCCAGUCACAAAACUCUGCACAAUACAGUCACCGUUGAUCAAGACUGAGUCGCAGGUGAAUUCUGAAGACUUAUCCACUCCCACGUUGAAGGAAAAGGCAAAAAUUAUCCAGUCUCCAUUGAACAAAUCUGCCGUUCUUUUGGCGGAUGGUAACUUUUUCUCACGAAAAUUGCAAAAAAUUAUCGGUCCUAAACGAGAUACAGUUCCCAAAGUAUCCAUGGAAACGGACACAUACAGAGUAAACGAACCCACUGGAUGGGCUCCUGGUGAUGUGUGUAUAUGCACGUGGUCUGAGGAUGGAAGUUAUUAUUACGCGUCCAUCACAGAAGCCGAUCCAAAACAGGACCGUUAUCUGAUCACUUAUUUCUACUACGAGAAUCAGGAGACCAAACGUGCUACUGAUUUGCACGAGCUCGGAACGGAUUUCGAAAUGCUCGUUGAAGAUGAUCAAAAUAAAGCGGCCAUGUUGAACCGGAAUGUACCGCGUUCGAUGAAACCAAAUGCCCACAGAGCGGAGGUGGAGCAGGCCGAGGAAAAAUUCGCCACGGUGCUUAAUUUCAAAAUGAAAAAACCUGUUACCGGUGAGAAGACUCGUCCGGUUGAAUUUGAACAUACUGCAGUAAGACAACAACCACCAUCAUCGACAACCAGAGCUAGUCCAGCUGAAUCUCCCGGAGACCGACUUGAACCAGAUCCAGUGACGAAUGCAACUUUGAACUCGGUCCCCAACUCCUUUGUGUCCGGUGAUCAUAGUUCACCUCUGCAAGCCGCCCAAUCGGCUAUCUCGAAUUUGGCUCGGUUGAGUAAUGUGGACCAAUUUCAUUCCAUGCCAAACUCCGCGUGGCAAGCCCUGUUGAUCAGUUGGUUCAUGUGUGGUUAUCAUACUGGAUACUAUGAAACGAUAGUUCAACUCAUCGGUCCCAUGUACCCAUCACGAUUAGGUGAUCGGACCCGUGGAGUGAUUCCGGACGACGCGGGUCAAUAA